AUGGCCGAAGCUGAAUUGCAAUACAACCGUCGGUUGUCGGCGGACAACCAGACCAUCUCGAAAUCCGAGAUAUCUCUCAAGGAGCGCUUUUUCCGCUACUUCCAGCAUGAGAUUACGGAUCUCCAACAAAAGAUGGAUCAUCUUGCCGAUACAUCGCUCGUAGGUGGUGAACGUGUGGAUGCAACAGACCACUGUCUGGCUGGCAUCGUGCGUCUGUCAAAUGAGGUCAAAGAUGCAGCAAGCUACAUCCCCACAUACGACCAGCGAGUGUAUGCCGAGGCAAUCAAAGCUUUGCAGGACCGACUGAGUGAGACACGUGCUGCGUUCGAGCCUCGUUCAAAAUUCAGUUUCAAGACCAAGAAGAACGCUUCUGCUAUCUCUCUCUCCGACGCCGCAACACUGGCAGCUGCAGGUCGGCUUACUGUCCCUGGAUAUCGUUCUCCUGGAGCCUCUUCUGUCAGUUCGUCAGCAAAUCAGACACCUAACUAUCCUUCCACUCCACUCAACGAACCAGAUAGGCAGCAAGGUCAACAGGAGCGACCGGAAUGCACACCAACCUCAUUCCCGAUUACUGCGGUUGAUGAUUUCGCGAGAAAAUCUCACCCCCACAAGGCUGCUGGUCCAUUUGCCGCCACGGGUGUUUCAGCUGUCUCUGUCGAUGAUCAUUAUGGUUUGCAUAUUAUGCUUCCAUCCUCUGGAUCGACCUCCACAGUCGCCGCCUCCAUCACCUCACUGGACCACUGCAUUGUUGACAUGUCCAUCCCCACUGCCAAUGGCAAGCCAUAUGCCAGUCUGACAGUUAAGAACAUCAAGGAAAGCUUACUGGUAUGCGGGAAUGUGAGCGGCCCCGCUCACAUUACUGGUGUUGAGAAUACUGUCAUGGUGGUUUCAUGUCGUCAAUUCCGGAUGCAUAACUGCAAAGACGUUGAUGUCUACCUCAGUUGCUCUAGUAAUCCCAUUAUUGAGGACUGUUCUAAUAUCAGAUUUGGUCGGAUCCCGAAGGCCUAUGCAUUGAACCAUGAUCGCCCUGAUCAUGAAGACCGCUGGAGCCAAGUUGAAGAUUUCAAAUGGAUUAAGCCUGAGCCAAGUCCUAAUUGGAGCCUACUUGACCCUAACGACGCUGUUCCUGAAGAGGUUUGGGCGGAGAUUGUUCCUGGCGGGCCGGGAUGGUCUCUGGAGGAUAUUUUGCACGCCAUUCAUCUCAUCAAAUGA